UAUAGCUCUACAGGCAAAAUUGACGCUUAGAGGGUUGAAGCAACGCUCUUCGAUGGCUCAUCUGCUCAUUUAAUUCAUGGACUCGCCCCUCUCCUUCAUCCAGAGGCGCAACAGGUGCGUAGCUAUGGGGUUCACAUACGUUAUAGCUCGUGGUUGCCUGCAUCGUGCGUUGAUGCAGGGAUAUCCAACGCGCCGAACAAGCAUGGCGCAGAUACCUGAGCAUGUCUCUCUGUCUCCCAAUAUUUAAGAACCUUUACCUUUUGAGAAGUCUUCCCAGAACAGCGCGCGCGUCGAACAACCCAACUCCAGAUGGCGACUCGCAUCUUUGCCUUAGUCAUAGGCAUCGACGAAUACAAGUCUGGCGCUAUUUGGAACCUAGAUUCAAGCGCGGAUGAUGCCCGUUGCGUUAGCCAAUGGCUCAUGCAGAGCCUCGCGGUCCCGAAGGAACACAUCCAGCUACUCGUCAACCAAGAGGCCACCAAGGCCGCUUUCGAGAACAAGUUCAUGGAACAUCUUAUCAAUAACCCCCACAUCGAGCGUAACGACGCCAUUUUGAUCUACUUUGCCGGUCACGGUAGUAUUAUCCGUGCUCGCGAAGGCUGGUUCGAAAAUGGCUCCGGGGAUGCUCAGGCUCUGUGCACUUACGACUAUGAUAGCAAAUCAGCGCUAGGACGUUGUGCUGGUAUAUCCGACAGAUCACUUCUCGCCAUGAUCUCAGAGCUAUCCGAAGUAAAGGGAAAUAAUACCACUUUGAUUCUGGAUUGCUGCUUCUCGUCCUCUUCCCUUUCGCCGAGUGCUCGAGAUCGUCGGUUCGUCCGCUGCACGCCGACGCUGAAGGCCACGACCGAUGACCUCUUUGGAGGUUUAUGGAGGGGCGCCGUGGAGAAGAAAUACCCUGCAGGCAGCGGUUUUCUUCAAGACGACUGCCGAAGUCACGUCACUAUUUUACCUUGUCAACCAGGAGAGAAAGCCUCGGAAGAGAAAGAUGGUGGCACGUUCACCAGAGAAUUUAUAGCCAUGAGCAAAAGGACCACCCUUCAUGAUCUCCCUUGCUCCGAACUCAUCCAACGCCUCUCGUCAUCUCUGGGCAGAACUCAUCAUCAACAUCCGGUUUGUGUGGGACAUCAUAGAGAUCGUGUGUUGUUCUCCGGAGCUCCCUUUUCUCUUGAUUCUCGUUUCGUGCCAAUUGAUGUCGACACAUAUGACUGUCGCGUCGAGAUGGGCGCCAUGCACGGAGUCGUUCUUGGUACUGAAUUUAGCAUUCACGGUCACAACCGACGGUGCUCGCUCAAUCCGUCCUUGGAUAACUGUCGUGUAAUUGAAGUUUUUCCAACGUGGUCAAUUGCGCGCCGCACUUCGCGAGACCGGACGCUCCAACUUGGCAGUUCUUGGGCACAAGUUCGACGAUGGAAUAAUCGUACCCCUUUUCGCGUUCAUGUCAAGAACACAUUCUCCUCUUUCUUCAGAAAACUGAUCUCAUGCUUCAAGCCAUCAACCGAUAUUGACGGCCUUUCUCUACAUGACGAAAUGAACAUCGAACAGGUUCAUAAGCCGGCUCUUGCUGAUAUAUCUAUCGGCGUCCAUACUCAUGAUGUUCGCGUUGAGGCCCAUGAUCGUCUUAUGCCUCCUCAACCUCACGCUUUUCGAAUCGACAAAAGCACUAGCAGGUCAAGCAUACUCGACGAGGCCGCACGCUUCUACAUGCAUCUUCACAGAACAAAUCCGGAGAACCCAUUCGAAAACCAUCUUUCAAUGGAUUUAUUCAAAGUUGAACCAAGAUCGGGUCGCAAGAUUGGUGCAAGCCUCGUCAAUGAUGGUGCAGCAAGCGUACUUCGAGGUCGAGGCGCUUAUUACGGCGUAACCAUUCGUAAUAAUUCCAACUCAGAACUUUGGCCUUACCUCGCUUUCAUGGACGUCAAUGGCUUCGACAUCCAUUUCUUAUACCAUCCGUCCCCAACUACUGAGGUCGCU